CUGAGAUAGCAGCAAAAUCUGGUGAGACGCUUCUAGUGUGGGAGAUAAGAGAAGCAGGGAUGCUGUAGGGACAUGUUAUCAAAUUAUUGAAACCUGGCUUUUUUGAAAAGGGAAGAAGAGAGGGAGGGAGAGAGAGAGAAAGUGCAAGGAGAGUGUAUGUGUGAGAGAGAAUGGUCACAAGUUACAGACGAGUGUUUCCAUACUUGUCAACUCCAGAUGACAAAAGCAGUGUCCUCUCGAGAGAGUAAAACAGACACACCGGACACCACUGGCAGCUGAGAUUAAUCUUGAGCAGCAGCAAUCUCUGAGCAUGGAUCCCAUCUCUGUGCGGGCAUUUGUGGCCCUGAGCUUACUGGUGCAUUGUGUGACAGCUAGUCCUAUCAUGGGCUUGGAAGAUGACUUGCCUUUAUAUGAUGAAGUUCUUUCUGAGCAGGAUGGGGUUGAUCUCAACUCUCUGCUGGAAAUUAUGAAAGAUGACUUCCUGAAGACCCUCAACCUCUCCGGGAUUCCAGUGCAGGCACCUGUCAAGGUGGAGCCGCCGGAGUACAUGCUGGAGCUCUACAACAAGUUUGCAAUGGACAGAACCACUAUGCCUUCAGCCAACAUUGUGCGAAGCUUCAAAAAUGAAGAUCUGUCCAUGCCAUACAGCGAUGUCCCGGGAGUGAAAAAAUACCCUUUACUCUUCAAUGUAUCUAUUCCCUACCAUGAAGCAAUAGUAAUGGCUGAGCUUAAGCUUUACAUACUGGUACCAAGAGACAGGGUUCCAUAUGAUGGAGUGGGCACAAAAGUCACAAUUUAUGAGAUACGUGGGAGUGAAGAUACAAGGAAUGCUGUGGAACUGGCUUCUAGACUGGUUUACAAAGCAAGCAGUGAGUGGGAGAUGUUUGAUAUUACUGAGGCUGUCCAAGGUUGGAGCAGGUCAGAAUUUAUCACCCAAAUGCUGGAGGUACAUUUACAAAAUCCAGACAUUGACCUAGAAGAUGCUGGAGAAGCAAAACUGGACGUAGAUGUAAAACCAGAAAGUAAGCACGAACCAUUGCUUGUGAUUUUUUCAGAUGAUCAGAGUAGUGAAAACAAGGAGGAAAAGGAGGAACUGAAUGAGAUGAUCAACCAUGAGCAAGCUUUAGACCAAGUGAAUGAAGAAUUUGGUGGAAUAGGUAACAUGCCCAGUGAGGAGUCCUUGUUGCAGAUGAGGUCUAACAUUAUUUAUGAUGCCAGUUCCCGCAUUCGAAGAAAUGCAAAGGGUAAUGCCUGCAGGAAGACCUCGCUCUACAUUGACUUCAAGGAAAUUGGAUGGGACUCCUGGAUCAUUGCCCCAGCAGGAUAUGAAGCCUAUGAAUGUCGAGGGGUGUGCUCAUAUCCCUUAACAGAAAAUGUCACACCCACCAAACAUGCUAUUGUGCAAACUCUGAUCCACAUGAAGAACUCUCAGAAAGCAUCCAAAGCUUGUUGUGUUGCAACAAAACUGGAUCCCAUAUCCAUACUGUAUAUGGAUGCAGGAGUAGUCACUUACAAGUUCAAAUAUGAGGGCAUGGUUGUGUCAGAAUGUGGGUGUAGAUAGUAGACUUUUUUGUGGAGCCGGUGUCUUGUAAAUUUGUACAUUUUGUAUUUCCUUAUUUAAAGAGUUUAUUUAAGACUGUGUGUACAGAUAAUAUAUGUUUUAUGACAUGCUUACCAUGGAAUGCAAAGCAAAGAGACAUAGUACAAACUGUUUAUUAUGAGCUGGCUAAUGUCCUUUUGCAUUGCACUGCAUGGUAAUCAUGGCUUUGUAAAUUUAUCACCAUUGGUCACUUCAUCUCUAAAGGGGUUUAACUGUAAUUUAAAUUCUAAUGAGCCACAUAGCAAGUGAUAACCAGACUUAUUUUAUACACCUAAACAUUUCUGUAG